AUGGCGGCCCCGAGUGAUGGUGGCAGCAAAGAUGAACUAAAAACACAUUUUGGCACUCGUGAAGGGACUUAUACAUUAAUGCCAUUGUCUGAAUAUUCUAAGCCAUCACGUGUAGCAUACAAUGGACAAACAAACACACCCGUCAAAGUGUCAUUUGUGAGAAAUACGGACGCAAAUGGAUCGCCUGUGGACAGAAUUUGUUUCAAUGUUGGCAGGGAAUUGUUUGUUUACGUUUAUAAAGGAGUCAAAAAGGCUGCUGAUCUAACAAAACCAGUAGAUAAACGAAUUUAUAAAGCAACAUUACCAACAUGUCAUGAUUUUAAUCCUGAUUAUAUUUGGUCCGAUAGUGUCUUGUUAUUAGUAGGUUUUACUGCUGGUCAGGUACAACUAAUAGAUCCUAUUAAAAAAGAAAAUAGUAAACUUUAUAACGAGGAGAGGUUAAUAGAUAAAACUAAAGUAACAUGUAUUAAAUGGAUACCCCAAUCACGAAAUCAAUUUUUAGUUUCUCAUGCUAGUGGACAAAUGUAUGUGUACAAUGAAGAUUUACCUUGUGGACCAACACCUCCCCAUUAUCAACCAUUUAAAAAUGGAGAGGGAUUCUCUAUAUAUACUUGUAAGACAAAAAGUACCAGAAAUCCACUGUACAGGUGGAUAGUGGGACAAGGUGCUAUCCAUGAGUUUGCCUUUUCGCCAUGUUCUUUAUAUUUAGCCAUAGUAAGCCAAGAUGGCUACCUUCGUGUUUAUAACUAUAAUUCUAUGGAAAUCCUAGGUUCUAUGAAAAGCUAUUUUGGAGGAUUGUUGAGUGUGGCAUGGUCACCUGAUGGACGCUUUAUAGUGACCGGUGGUGAAGACGAUUUAGUGACUGUGUGGUCGUUUCAUGAGCGACGAGUUGUUUGUCGAGGUCAGGGUCAUAAAUCGUGGGUUAAUGUGGUUUCUUUUGAUUUUUACACCUCUUGUGUUUGUGAUGAUACAGGCUGUGAUUUUAACGGUAGUGAAGAAGACUAUCAUUCGUCCAGGCAUUGCCAUUCUAAAGACUCUGGUGUUACCAAAACAUCUGAUUCAAAUAGGAAUUCAUUGGACGGUAAUGGUUUAAAUAUUACAUCGUAUAGAUUUGGUUCUAUAGGACAAGAUACAAUGAUAUGUUUAUGGGAUUUAACAGAAGACAUCAUUAAGCAAUCAGCAGGAAGAUCACGUAAUAGUAUUGCACCGUUGUCGAAUUCAGCGAGUUGUUUACCUCGAUGUAAUAGCCUUCCCAAUUCUCAGAAACGGAACUCUAUAGGUAAUGAUGUGUCUGCUCAUGUGGAGGGGUAUAGUAAUACAAACCAAAUUCAAAAUGCUGUGAUGAACGCUUCAAAUAAAUUUGCCACCCUUUCAGUGGCUGAUCGGAAAGAGAGCCAAGAAAAGAAAGAACAUAAAAGAAAUUUUAGUCUAGCAAGUAGGAAUACAGAUAAAGUAAAUAUGUUGAAAUCAAAUCAUGUGAAACCAAUAGAUGACUCAAUUAAAUUGUUAGGGACACCAUCAUGUCCUAGAUUAGAUGAAGUACCAAUGUUAGAACCUUUAGUUUAUAAAAAGAUAGCUCAUGAACGCCUGACAGCACUAGUGUUCCGUGAAGAAUGUUUAGUAACAGCUUGUCAAGAAGGUUUAGUUUAUACCUGGGCUAGACCUGGAAAGGUAAGUUCAUAA